UUGAAUUUGUGCUCAACACUUUGGAAGGCUUCCCUGAUUGUUCAUUGUCUCGUGACCCGCAGGCCCUUGGCCGGUGCCUGACUCUGGAGUGGGCCAGAGGGAGUGAGCGCAACACUAGCAGGACAGGGGAGUGUCCUUUCGCGGCCCCCUCCCUGUGGCAGCAGGGGCUUCGCCGUCUCCUCUUCUCAGAAGAAGGCAGCGUCUCUCCUCACUCAUUUCAUCAGCCAGGAGGGAAGAGAGGUAUCGGCCGGCUGUUGCCGCUCUCAGCAAUGACGAGGGCACGUUUGCCUCUCCCCUUGGUCCUCCUCACCGCGUUCCUACUAAGCCGGUGCAGCACGCAACGUCUGCAGCAGCAGCAGCAGGUAGCGCCGCAGCAACGAGGUUUGUUUCCAGCCGUGUUGAACUUGGCUUCUAAUGCUCUCAUCACAGCAAAUGCUACUUGUGGUGAAAGAGGUCCUGAAAUGUUCUGCAAAUUGGUCGAGCAUGUACCUGGCCGACCAGUGAGAAACGCUCAAUGUCGGACCUGUGACCAACGCAGUAGGAUUCCAAAUCAACGACACCCAAUAACAAAUGCAAUUGAUGGCAAAAAUACGUGGUGGCAAAGUCCUAGUAUUCAGAAUGGGAUGGAAUAUCACUUUGUGACCAUCACUCUGGACCUGCGACAGGUCUUUCAGAUUGCUUAUGUCAUUGUAAAAGCAGCUAAUGCACCACGACCUGGAAACUGGAUUUUGGAGCGUUCGUUGGAUGGUGUCAACUACCAGCCCUGGCAAUAUCAUGCUAUCACAGACACAGAAUGUCUGACUCGCUACAACAUUCUUCCUCGCACUGGACCUCCAUCGUAUGCAAAAGAUGAUGAAGUUAUAUGCACUUCAUAUUACUCCAAGAUCCAUCCACUGGAAAAUGGAGAGAUUCACACAUCUUUGAUUAAUGGAAGACCAAGUGCAGAUGACCCUUCUCCCACACUGUUAGAAUUCACGUCAGCUCGCUAUAUUCGCCUCAGGUUUCAGAGGAUACGGACACUGAAUGCUGAUUUAAUGAUGCUCGCGCACAGAGAUCCCAAUGAAAUUGAUCCUAUAGUUACAAGAAGGUAUUAUUAUUCUGUAAAAGAUAUCUCUGUUGGAGGGAUGUGUAUCUGCUUUGGCCAUGCAAAGGCAUGCCCACUGAAUCCAGCUACAAACAGAUCUUCUUGUGAAUGUGAACACAACACAUGUGGAGAAAGCUGUGAUCACUGCUGCCCUGGAUUUAAUCAGAAGCCAUGGCAAGCUGGGACCUUCCUUGUAAAGUAUGAAUGUGAAGCAUGCAAUUGUCAUGGGAAAGCUGAAGAAUGUUACUACAAUCAGACUGUGGCAGACAGAAAGCAGAGUCUAAAUAUCCAUGGGGAAUAUAUCGGGGGUGGAGUGUGCAUUAAUUGCACACAAAACACUGCAGGCAUCAACUGUGAAACCUGCAUUGAUGGGUACUACAGGCCCAAAGGGGUGCUACCAGGUGAUCGCAGCCCAUGCCAACAAUGUCUUUGUAAUUCCAUUGGUUGUUUAGAUGGCACUUGUGUCAAGGAUGAGAAGCAUGCCAAAGGAGGAAUGCUUCCUGGAUCCUGCCACUGUAAACCUGGCUACGGAGGCAGGAGGUGUGAUAGAUGUGCACUGGGUUACAAAGGCUUUCCUUACUGUGUACCUUGCAACUGUUCCCUGAAAGGCAGCUUAAAUGAUGACCCUUGCCUAGGACCUUGCAUCUGCAAGGACCAUGUUGAAGGAAAGGACUGUGAUCGCUGUAAAGCAGGCUUCUUUAACCUGCAGCAAGACAACCCCAGGGGCUGUGAGGCAUGCUUUUGCUCAGGAAUAACAAAUGCCUGUGUGGGCUCUCGCUGGACCUACAACACUAUUAUGGACAUGAAUGGCUGGCACCUGACUGAUGUAGCUGGUCUUGCUAGAGUUACUCCUCAGCAGGACAGCUUUGAUGGACCACAGCAGCUUAGCAUCAACAAUGUGGCUGCAAGGAGUGUUCUGCCGCUAAUUUAUUAUUGGAGUGCACCCAGUCCUUAUUUGGGCAACAAAAUAACAGCUGCAGGAGGAAAUCUGAAAUUUACUAUUUCGUAUGACCUCACAGGGGAGGAAGAUGCUGCUGAAACAAUGCUUCAGCCUGAUGUUAUCAUAGAGGGAAGUGGCUUGAGAAUCAGGACAUCACAGGAGGGGAUUCACUUGAACCCAUUUGAAGAGCACACUGAAGAAGUGUUGAUGAAGCACGACUUAUUUAUGCUGCAUGGCACUGACUCCCCGGUCAGCAAAAGGGAAUUCAUGACUGUGCUGGCAAAUAUAAAGAGAGUUCUUAUAAGAGCCACAUACAGCAAUGGGAUGAAUGCCAUCUACAGGUUGAGUGGUGUCAGCCUAGAGGCUGCAGAUCGCUUUUCAACUGGGGAAAAAGAUGCAUCUGCUGUAGAAGUUUGCCGGUGUCCUCCAGGUUAUUCUGGAACCUCCUGUGAAUCUUGUUUGCCAAGGCAGAGACGAGUUAAUGGCACCAUUGUUGGUGGAAUCUGUAAGCCAUGCACAUGCUUUGGUCACGCAGACUCUUGCGCUGAUAUCACUGGAGAAUGCCUGGGCUGCAAGCACAACACAGGUGGCCUAUAUUGUAAUCAUUGUCUUCCUGGUUUCUAUGGAGAUGCUACUGAAGGGAAACCUGAUGACUGCCAGCUGUGUGCCUGCCCACUAAGUAUACCUUCAAACAAUUUCAGUCCAACAUGUCAUUUGGAACGAAGUCAUGGAUUAAUAUGUGAUGAAUGCCCCCAUGGGUAUGCUGGCUCACGCUGUGAGAGGUGUGCGGAAGGCUAUUUUGGACAACCUUUAAUACCAGGGGGCUCGUGCCAGCCUUGCCAGUGUAAUGACAACCUUGACUUCUCCAUUCCUGGCAGCUGUGACAGCUUGUCUGGGGCUUGUCUGAUAUGCAAGCCAGGUACAACAGGCCAGUACUGUGAGAAAUGCGCUGAUGGAUAUUUCGGAGAUGCUCUUGAUGCAAAGAACUGUCAACCUUGCCGCUGCCAUAUGAAUGCCUCAUUCUCAGAUACCUGCAAUUCUAAGACUGGACAGUGUGAUUGCAAACCCAAUGUUGUGGGACGCCGAUGUGAUGAGUGUAAGCGUGGAACUUUUGGAGUACAGUCAUCCAGAGGCUGUGUUCCUUGCAACUGUAAUUCAUUUGGAUCCAAAUCUUUUGAUUGUGAUGAGACAGGACAGUGCCACUGCCAACCAGGUGUUGGAGGAAAGAAGUGUGACCGCUGUGCGCAUGGAUUUUAUGGCUUUGAAGAAGGAGGAUGUACUCCUUGUGAAUGUUCCCAUCUUGGGAAUAACUGUGAUCCGCAUGAUGGCCGUUGCAUCUGUCCUCCCAAUACUGUAGGAAAUAGAUGUGAUAAAUGUGCACCAAAUCACUGGGGUCAUGACAUGAUCAGCGGGUGCAAGGCUUGUGACUGCAGUGUUGAUGGAUCCCUCAGUUUACAGUGUAAUCCUGAUACUGGCUGCUGUUUCUGCCGCCCAGAAUUCUCUGGGGAUAAAUGCACUGAAUGCAGGUUGGGACAUCGAAAUUUCCCACAGUGCCUUGCUUGUGUAUGUUUGACAGCAGGAACUGAGCCACAUACCUGUGAUUCAGAAAUGGAAAAAUGUUCAUGUGCUGAUCACACAGGACAAUGCACUUGUAAGGUUAAUGUGGAGGGUGUCUAUUGUGACAGGUGCAAACCUGGCACGUUUGGACUCUAUGCCAGGAACCCACUUGGCUGCAGCAGCUGCUACUGCUUUGGCCUGACGUCUCAGUGCAGUGAGGCAAAGGGGCUGGUCCGUGUGUGGUUAACUUUGAAGCCAGAUCAGGUGAUCCUUCCCCUAGUGGAUGAAAAUGUCCAGCACCGAACUACCCAAGGAAUUGUAUACCAAUAUCCAGAGACAGUUGCAGAUAUUGGAUUAGUGAUGCAAGAGCUACGCUCUGAACCACUUUACUGGAGACUUCCAGAACAGUUUGAAGGACGGAAGCUGACAGCAUAUGGGGGAAAGCUUAAAUAUGCGAUCUACUUUGAAGCACGAGAAGAGACCGGCUUUGCAACUUAUAGCCCCCAAGUCAUAAUCAGAGGUGGGCUUCCCACUUAUACUCGAGUUAUCGUCAGGCAUGUCGCUGCUCCUUUGAUUGGUCAAUUGACAAGGCAUGAGAUAGAAAUGACAGAGCAUGAGUGGAAAUAUUAUGGUGAUGACCCAAGGGUCAGUAACUUUGUGGCUCGUGAGGACUUCAUGAAUAUCUUGUACAAUGUUCAUUACAUACUUAUUAAGGCUACUCAUGGCAGCUUCAUGACACAAAGCAGAAUUUCUGAGAUCACCAUGGAAGUUGCAGAGCAGGGAACUGUAUCUGGAAGGAGUUCUCGUGCUCAGCUGAUUGAGAGAUGUGACUGCCCUUUGGGUUAUUCUGGCUUGUCAUGUGAGACAUGUUCCCUGGGCUUCUACAGAGUUCCUUCUACAUCCCCUGGCAGAAGGCCAGGUCCAGCUUUAGGUGCCUGUGUUCCAUGUCAGUGUCAUGGACACAGUGACACAUGUGAUCCUGAAACCUCAACAUGUCAGGGCUGCCGUCAUAACACUAGUGGUGACCACUGUGAAAAGUGUGCUCUUGGGUUCUAUGGGAUUGUUAGAGGAACUCCUAAUGACUGCCGACCUUGUGCCUGCCCUCUGGCUGUUUCCAGCAACAAUUUUAGUCCCUCAUGUGUUAUGGAAGGAGUCCGUGAUUACCGAUGUACUGCUUGCCCACCUGGAUAUGAAGGACAGUACUGUGAAAGAUGUUCCUCUGGCUACACUGGGAACCCAAGAAUUCCAGGUGGAUCUUGUCAAGAAUGUGAGUGUGAUCCAUACGGUUCACUGACUGUUCCUUGCGAUCCUGUCAUUGGACAGUGCACGUGCAAGCCUGGAUCUACUGGCUGGAAGUGUGCAGGCUGUGAACCCCGGCAUGCUCGUGAAGGCAUAGCAUGUGUUUUUUGUGAUGAUGAGUGCACUGGAGUCCUUCUCCGUGACUUGGAUCAGCUAAACCAGAUGGCUCUGAGUGUCAAUCUCAGUGGCCCUCUUCAUCCGCCGUAUAAAAUGCUUUAUUCUUUCGAAAAUACAACACAGGAAUUAAAGCAUUUACUGUCACCUCAGAGAGCACCAGAGAGGCUUCUUCAGUUGGCACAGAAGAACUUGGAUAGCCUUGUGACAGAGAUGGAUGAGCUUUGGACAAGGGCGACCAAGGUGACAGCAGAUGGGGAGCAAACUGGACAGGAUGCUGAGAGGACUAAUGAGAGAGCGAAGAGGCUUGGACAGUUCAUCAAGGGUACCCUCCAGGCUGCAAAAGCUGCAAAUGUUACUGCUAUAAGAUUGAAUGAAACCCUUGGAAUCCCAGACAAGACCCUGGAGAAAAGCCUUCAAGAAUUAAAGAGUGAUGUUGACAAAAUGAUGGCAGAGCUCAGGAAGAGAAAACUAGAUGUUCAAGAGGAAGCAGCCCAAGAUGAGUUAGAAGCUGCAGAAGACCUCUUGAAGAGGGUGAAUAAAUUGUUUGGAGAGCCUAGGAAGAAAACAGAAGAGCUUCAGAAUGAAGUCAGUGGAAAGUUGGCAGAUUACCAAUAUAAAGUUGAUGAUGCUCUCGACCUGCUGAGAGAAGCAACAAAUAAAAUUAGGGAAGCAGAUAGAUUAUCUGCAAUCAACCAAAGAAAUAUGACAGCAGUGGACAAAAAGAAGCAAGCUGUAGAAGAUGAAAGACAAGAGGCUGAAAAUACACUAAAAGAAGGGAAUGACAUCCUUAAUGAAGCUAAUGACCUUGCAAAUGGAAUCAACUUAGCUGUGGAGUAUGUGGAUGGUGUUCGGGAUAAUAUAGGCCGGCUGUUUGAUGAGCUAAAAGAUAAAAUAGAUGAUCUAUCUCAAGAUCUCAAAGACAGGAGACUUCCAGAAAAAGUGUUGCAAGCAGAAGCUCAUGCCACCCAGCUGAAUGAUUCAUCUGCAAAACUGGAUGGAAUCCUUGAGGAAGCUAAGAACCUUUCACUCAAUGCCACAGUAGCUUUCAAGGCAUACAGCAAUAUCAAGGACUAUAUAGAUGAAGCUGAUGGAAUUGCCAAAGGAGCAAAAGCUCGUGCCAAUGAAGCUAUACAACUGGCAUCUGGACCAGAAGGAUCAUUAAAGGAUGGUGCCAAGAGCUCUCUACAAAAAAGCUUCAGGGUUCUUAAUGAUGCCAACAGGCGUGCAAAUGAUGUUAAAGAAAAUGAGGAUAAUCUAAAAGGUAUGCAGAAUAGGUUGAAAGAUGCUGAGGAAAAGAACUCCGAUCUUCUGAGAGUUUUGAACGAUACCCUGGGAAAAUUGUCAGCAAUUCCAAAUGAUACAGCAGCCAAAGUGCAAGCAGUCAAAGAUAAAGCCCAGCAAGCUAAUGAUACUGCAAAUGAUGUAUUGGCUAGGAUCAGAGAUCUCAACAAGAAUCUCCUUGGUUUAAAAGACAACUACAGAAAACUGGUCGAUGAUGUGGCCAAAACAAAUGAUGUGGUGAAAGAUCCCAACAAAAACAUUGCUGAUGCAGAUGACACUGUUAAAAACCUGCAAAAGGAAGCAGAUCGGCUGCUCGAUAAACUCAAACCAAUCAAAGAACUUCAGGAUAACUUGGGGAAAAAUAUCUCUCAGAUUAAAGAACUCAUAAAUCAAGCCAGGAAGCAGGCUAAUACUAUUAAAGUAUCUGUGUCUUCUGGAGGCAACUGUAUUCGCACAUAUAGGCCAGAGAUAAAGAAAGGAAACUACAACACUGUUAUUCUCAAUGUAAAGACGACAGUUCCUGACAAUCUGCUUUUUUAUCUUGGAAGUAACAGAUUUACUGACUUUUUGGCCAUAGAAAUGCGUAAGGGCAAAGUAGAUUUCUUCUGGGAUGUAGGAUCUGGUGUUGGACGUAUUGAGUAUCCAGAUCUGACAAUUGAUGAUGGGUUUUGGUACCGAAUUGAAGCAUCAAGGAGUGGAAGAAGCGGCACAGUUUCCGUUCAGGCGUUGGAUGGCCCUAAAGCCAGCAUUGUACCAGGCACCUUCAGUGCAGUUGCUCCACCUGGCUACACAAUCCUGGAUGUGGAUGCAAAUGCUAUGUUGUUUGUUGGAGGUCUAACUGAGAAAAUAAAGAAAUCUGAGGCUGUAAGAGUCACCACAUUCACUGGCUGUAUGGGAGAAGCUUAUUUAGACAGCAAGCCCAUAGGACUGUGGAAUUUCAGGAACAUUGAAGGAGACUGUAAAGGAUGUGCUGUCAGCCCACAGAUGGCAGAUGGCGAGGGAACUGUCCAGUUUGAUGGAGAAGGUUAUGCUGUGGUGAGCCGCCCAAUAAGAUGGAACCCAAAUAUUUCCAUGGUCAUGUUCAAGUUCAAGACCUUCUCUUCCACUGCUCUUCUUAUGUACCUUGCUACACAAGACUUGAAAGAUUUCAUGAGUAUAGAGCUCAGUGAUGGGCGUAUUAAAGUCAGUUAUGAUCUAGGUUCAGGAACAGCUUCUGUUGUCGGCAACCAGAAUCACAAUGAUGGGAAAUGGAAAUCAUUCACCUUGUCAAGAAUUCUAAAACAAGCUAACAUAUCAAUUGUAGACAUAGACUCCAAUCAGGAAGAGAGUAUAUCAACAAUUUCAACAGGAAGACACUUUGGUCUCAACUUGAAAGCCAAUGAGUCAAUAUAUUUUGGUGGAUUGCCAACACGGAAAAACCGAAGACCUGAAGUAAACACAAAGAAAUUUGCAGGCUGCCUCAAAGAUAUUGAAAUUUCUCGGACGCCAUACAAUCUUCUGAGCAGUCCUGAUUCUGUUGGCCUUACCAAAGGGUGUUCGCUGGAGAACGUCUACGUAGUCAGCUUCCCCAAACCAGGCUUCGUGGAGCUGCCACCUGUCUCCCUUGAUGUGGGAACAGAAAUCCACUUGUCCUUCAGCACCAAGAAUGAAUCUGGUAUCAUCCUCUUUGGCACUAGUGGAGCACCUGUAGUCUCGAGACGGAGACGCAGACAGAGUGGGCAGCCCUAUUAUGCAGUGUUCCUGAACAGAGGUCGACUAGAAGUUCACGUCUCUGCUGGAGUAAGGGACCCUCGCAGGAUCACCAUCAAGCCUGAAUCUGGCGAGUUUCAUGAUGGUAGAGAACAUUCCAUCCGGAUAGAGAGACAUCCUGGGUUGUUUCUCAUACAGGUUGAUGAAGACAGGAGCCAGUCUCAAAGACUCCCAACAAAUCAGUCUAUUUCCACUAAGAAACUCUUUGUGGGAGGGACACCACCUGAGUUUCACACAGCCCCUAUCAGAAACAUACCUCCCUUUGACGGCUGUAUAUGGAACCUUGUUGUCAAUACUGUUCCAAUGGAUUUUGCCCAGCCAGUGUCCUUUGAAAAUGCAGAUAUUGGUCAAUGUCCCGAUUUAGGACCAGAGGGUGGCCCACCGCAUGAAAAAGAGGAUGAAGAUCGUACAACAGGCUUGAUCCCUCCUCAACCAGACAUUACAGAGAAGAAAGAAAAUGCAAUUUCUCCUUCACCACCUCCACCACCCUUACCUCCUUCUCAUGAUUUGCUUGCUGCUGAAGUGAAGAGUGCCACCAUUUCAGCUGACUAUGACGCUGUGACGGGCUUUUGUGCUGCUGAUGUGGAACCAAUUACCUUGAAAGGUGGCAAGCAAUUUGGUCUCUCAAGGAACAGCCAUAUUGCAGUUGCAUUUGAUGACACCAAAGUUAAGAAUAGUCUCACUAUUGAAUUUGAAAUCAGAACUGAAGCUGAAAAUGGGUUGCUUUUUUAUAUGGCACGCAUCAAUCAUGCUGAUUUUGCCACUGUUCAGAUAAAGAAUGGGUUUGCACACUUCGCUUAUGACCUGGGACAUGGAAACACCAGCACAAUGAUUCCUAGCAAAAUCAAUGAUGGCCAGUGGCACAAGAUAAAAAUAUUCCGAAAGAAGCAAGAAGGCACUCUUUCAGUUGAUGGUGCUACAAACAGGACCACUAGUCCAAAGAGAGCUGAUAUUUUGGAUGUUGUGGGAAUGCUGUUUGUUGGAGGAUUGCCCAUUAACUACACAACUAGAAGAAUUGGUCCAAUCGUAUAUAGCAUUGAUGGCUGCAUUCAAAAUUUUCAAAUGACCGAGUCUCCUGUUGACCUGGAUAAUCCUACGUCCAGCUAUAACGUUGGAAAGUGCUUUGCCAAUGCUCAAAAAGGAACAUACUUUGUGGGAACAGGAUUUGCCAAAACAAUUGGAGCAUAUAAAGUGGGGACAGAUGUACAAGUGGAAUUUGAGUUCCGUACAACUCAGACAAAUGGUGUUCUUUUAGGAAUCAGCAGUCAAAAAAUGGAUGGACUUGGCAUUGAACUGGUAAAUGAAAAUGUGAUGUUCCACGUUGAUAAUGGUGCAGGUCGUUUCUCUGCCAUCUAUGAACCUGCUGUUCCAGGUAGUUUGUGUGAUGGACAGUGGCACAAGGUUAUUGCACACAAGAUAAAGCACCGUUUAGAGCUGACAGUGGAUGGAUACCGUGUAGAAGGUCUCAGUCCAAAUGCGGCCUCCACAUCAGCAGACACUAAUGAUCCUGUCUUUGUUGGAGGAUAUCCUGAUGGCCUCAAUCAGUUUGGCCUGACCACUAAUAUCCGUUUCAAAGGCUGCAUUCGAUCCUUGAAGCUCACCAAAGGGACUGCUAAGCCUCUUGAGAUCAACUUCAGCAAAGCCUUGGAGAUAAAGGGAGUUCAGCCUCUGUCAUGCCCUACAAAUUAACAAGACAUCAUUAAACUCUGAUCUAGGUCUGACCACUUAAAAGGGAAAAAAGACCUCAGAUAUUUAAAAUAAAAACCCUACAUAUACAUGCAGUACCUUCAUAAUAAAAGGUCCUUGAGCAAACAUUUUGACUUCAGUCUGUGAUAUAUUCAAAAUGGUGCUAUUUCAGGGUGUGCUUCCAGAACAAAUAUUAAAUUAGAACAAUUUUUCUCCUUGGAGUGAAUAAAGCAGCAAGUUACCUCUAUGGGAUUUGUCAAAUCUUUUCCUCAGGUUUGAAGUGAAAUGAUUUAGUAUAGUUUUGCUGAACGGAGUGUAUAAAUGAAAAUCCAUGGCUCCCAUAGUGGAAUGGGAGCACUUUUUAAAAGCUGUGAUACAACAUGUAUGUUUAGAUCAAGACAAGCAGCUAUGAGUACUGUGUACCCCAAUUCCCAGUGUUGACUGAAAGCAGUGGGAACCAAAUGGGAUAAUAAUGUCAUUUCCCCACAAUUUCCCCCUGAUAUGACUAUCUCUAGAACUUUAGCUUCACUAUUAAGGGUGUGCAUGGACUGCAGUUGGAAUACUGCUCUCAAUUUGGACCGAACCGUGGUCUGGCAAACCGGUUCGGCUGAACCACAGACCAGCCUGGCGGUUUGAGGCUGUGCUGGGAGUGGGUGCAGCAAGCAGCACCUUUAAAAAUAAAGACACAGGUCCCUAUCAGCGUGACUACCGCUCCAGGUCGCUUCCUGCUGAUGCAGCGCUCCCCCAGCAGCCCAUGCAUGGCAGCCGCGCAACUCGGUCACUCACCAGGCCUCCGUGCAGGUGAAUGAUGGUGCUGCACCACCAAACCGGUUCACCAGACUACAGACCAAUCUGAAUUCGGACCAGUACUCAAAUUGCUGUGCACAUCCCUAUUUACUAUUUGCUACUUCCCACUUGAGUUUGGGCUAUAGCACAAAAAACCAGCAACUUCUUGUUUUACCUUAGAGCAGCUGGGGCCAUUACAGUCAAAUGGAUAUGCUGGUGACUGGGUCAUUGGCUUUUUUGGCUUCCACUGUGACAUCUAAAAGAUGCAAAAGUAGGCCUUUGAAUACUGUUCUGAAUCUUGCCCCUCUGCCAAAUUUUUUUUGCCUCUGUUACCAAAUGCCAACUGGCACUCCCAUGUCCUGGGUCUGUGUGUGUCCUCCGGAACAUUGUCAAGUCCCUGGCUCAUCAGAUAGGAUUUUAUCUGAAAUGGCCAGUUGCUGUAGUUUGAGCCAUCCGGCUUGGGAAUGCUGAGUCUAGUCUGGCUGGAAUCCAUGCUGUCUCUUUGUCACUGUAGCUGUGCCUUAUCAAUCCUGAGAUCAGAUUUGAGUCCCACCCACCCACCUACCCACACACACACAAAAACCCUGUUAGGGGCUAGGCCCGUAACCCUGUUGGGGGUAAUUACUUAUACAGCUUUGCAUUUCAGGAGCUAACUCACUCCCAUUAUAGCAGAAGUUAACAGAGUCUCAGGGGCAACAGCUUUUAAAUGAUAAGCAUGGAGAUUCAUGUACGGUUAAAUUAAUCUACUUUAUUCAAAAGUCCAUGAGGAUAGGAAAGACCUAUAUCUAACCACUGGCUACAUGGUGGUCAGAGAGAGACCUAUAGAAGCAUAGUGCUCAGAGAGAGAGCUAGAAGCUUUCUGGGAAGAAGAAGGCGGCACUCAUUCCCAGGGAGUUCGAGUACAUUCUAUCCAUAGAGGGGGUCAUAGAGGCAGAGGUAAACAGGAAAGAGAAGGACACCCUAACUAUCUAGCUCUACUCCCGAUGCCCCUAGUGGUCAUUAGUUACUGAUGCAAAAGGUUUAUGCCAUCUGCAGCUGGCUCUCCAAUAGUCCUUACAUCUCUUAUUAUGAAGUACAAACUAUGAUACACGGCCACAUACUGUUCCUUGGCUAUGCAUCUCUCCACCAGAGGGUGCAAGAUCUGACCCUCAUGCCUCUCUCUGCAGGUUUUCCCUUUGGAUAUUACAAAGGAAACGGGAAAAGUAGAUGCACUAGUCACUUCCAUAUAUGCAGCUCCCACUUAAGCAUAAUGGAACAUAAGUCCACUGGUGCAUCCAGUUCAGUAGUGUCUAUGAUAACUAGGCACAGCAAGGUUUCAGGCAUUAGUCUUUCCCAGCCCUACCUAGAGAUACCAGAGAUGGAACCUGGGACCUUCCUCAAGCAAAUCAGAUACUCUACCACUGAGCUACGGCCCCAUCUCCAGUUGUCGGAAGUUGCUCUCCAUUAGAUCUGAAAGUGCUUAAGCACCUUCUUCUUGGCCCAACAUGUUGCACUUUGGUAACGUCACAGUCAGACAAAUAUGCAUAGUUUCAUCAUCAAAGUGUUGGGCUACUUCAAAAAACCAAACACACACUACCUUUAAAAACAGUACUGUUUCAUUGUCUCUCAGCUUAUGAAUUGUAAUGUCUUCCAUGCACUCUGCUAGUGUUUCCUAUACUGUUUGUUUAUAUAUUGUUCCAUGAUACACAAGAGCAAAGAAAUUUUUUUGUAUGUCUGCUGAUGGAGAAGGGGAGGGGAGAAAGGGGAAUGGCAAGGUUCACUGCCUAACCAGUUUGUGUAACGUUAUUACAAAGAACAUAUUGGACUGAAAGCUUAAUAUAUCAUUUGAACAGCA